AUGUCAAAUCAACAAGGUUUACAAACACCUCGACGCCCAACAUACAACAACAUCUUUGAUGAUGAGGACGCAGAGCCAACACCAGUAGAUAAUGCUACUACUACCCAAAACCCAUGCUUUACAUUUACACCCUGUACUCGACUUUCUCGUAUGACACUCAACUCGCAAUCAAAUGGCUCCCGUAUGAGAACUGUUCAAUACCAAAUGCCAGCCUCCAACUUCAAUGACAAAUUAAUGCAGGCCAUCCGUGAAGAGAAGGAAGAGCAAGCUGCCAAAUCAUCCUCGCCUCAUCCCAACCUGGACAUGUUCUUGAAUGCCGAUAAAAUCAGUAUGAUGGACACUAAAUCUUCAAAGGAUUUUUCUUUCUCUGAAGACGAGGAAUCUGACGAAGGAGAAUUCUUCUCUUCCAGCUUAUGUCCCAUGUCUUCACCUGAACGACCCAUCACUCAGAGAUCCAUCUUUGAUGAUGAGUCCAUGGCUCUUUCACCACCACCGCCAUCAAACGGAUUCAAGCGAUCCAUCUUUGACGAAGACGACGACGAGGAAGAUGGCGAACAAGACAAUCAAGAUCACAUAAACAAUGAAUACGGCGAUUUCUAUGACCCCAGCUCAUCAUGGUUAUCUUGCAUUUAUGAGGACAAUGGCACCAAUGCAAAGAACACCUUUCAAGGCAAAGACCAACAUGACGAAGCAGAUCAAGAAGGCGACGACGAUGAAGACGAAAAUCGACCACCUCGCUAUUGGCAUAGUCGACAACAACAUGAAAAGAAAAUCAGACGCACAUCUCCACAGGAAGAGGAGAAUGCAGUACAUGAUAGAAUCCCAUUACGACAAAUUAAUAUCGAGGAUUAUUAUUCAGACAACGAAGAUUUGCCAGUAAAGAAGAAAAUUGUAUUAGCAAACAAGAAGCCACACAAAUUACGAUUCAUGAGAGCUUUAUCACCACCAAAGUAUAUGUUCAAACACAAGGGAAAGGAAACACUGAGUAGUUCAUCCACGUCCUCAUCAUCCUCAUCAUCCGCCUCAUCCUCCUCAUCCUCAACAAGCUACUUGUAA